GUCCCGCCCCUACCUCGCUCUCAUUUACGGGAAGUGAUGUGGGGCCCGACGGAAAAUACUCGCCAAGGACCCAAAAAAGGCCAGCAGCGGGUGGCCGCGCCGCGAGCGGAGGCAGAGCAGCGUGCAGACAGCGGGGACAGCGGGCCGAGCCAGACAAAAAGUACCCUUUUUGAAGAGGACAUGUGAUUGGAAGUUGUCUAAUUGUUGAAGUGCUGAGAGGUCCAGUCUUGAAGGCUUAGAAAAACAACCAACAGUUUGUACUUUGUCAAGGUGAACCACUGAGUUCUUCAUUAUGUCUGAUGGAGACUAUGAUUACCUCAUCAAGUUUUUAGCUUUGGGAGACUCUGGAGUAGGGAAGACCAGUGUGCUUUACCAGUAUACAGAUGGUAAAUUUAACUCCAAAUUUAUCACAACAGUGGGCAUUGAUUUCAGGGAAAAGAGAGUGGUGUACAGAGCCAAUGGGCCAGAUGGAGCCAUUGGCAGAGGCCAGAGAAUCCACCUUCAGUUGUGGGACACAGCAGGGCAGGAGAGGUUUCGGAGCUUGACAACAGCGUUCUUCAGAGAUGCCAUGGGGUUUCUCCUGCUUUUUGAUCUGACAAAUGAGCAAAGUUUCCUCAAUGUCAGAAACUGGAUAAGCCAGCUACAAGUGCAUGCAUAUUGUGAAAACCCAGAUAUAGUGUUAUGUGGAAACAAAAGUGAUCUGGAAGAACAGAGAGUAGUGAAGGAGGAGGAAGCCAGAGGACUUGCAGAGAAAUAUGGAAUCCCCUACUUUGAAACUAGUGCUGCCAAUGGGACAAACAUAAGCGAAGCAAUCGAGAUGCUCCUGGACCUGAUAAUGAAGCGAAUGCAACGGUGUGUGGACAAGUCCUGGAUUCCUGAAGGAGUGGUGCGAUCCAACGGUCACACCUCUACAGAUCAGUUAAGUGAAGGAAAGAAAAAGAGUUCAUGUAGCUGUUGAAAAGUCAAGUGAGCUACACAAUAAUUCAAGUGGCCCAUGUCUAUAAUCUUCUCUAUGGGUGAUACAUGGCACACAGAGAGAUUAACGGGUGUUGUGUACAAACUGCUACUCACCAUCCCAAUUAGACCUAUCACUAAAGUAUCCAGUUUUAAAAUUAAUUUGCUACAGCUUUGUAAAUAUUUCUUUAAGAUUCAGCCUGAGAGUUAAGAGAAAUAUUACACAUAGCCGAAAGUGCCUUGUAUAACCUUAGCCUAUGGCAGUAGAUCAUCAUCUAAGGAUGCAGGAUUUUGUAGCCACAGAAGAAUGGAUUUAUUAUGAAGAAUGACUGAAGAUGCCAUCACCUGCCUUAAUAUAGAUAGGCCCAGUGUCUUACAUUCAAGAUCUUAGAUGUAAUUAUAAAACUAUUAGUCUUUAAUCCAGAUUUUAAAAUCCUACUAAUGCCAUAGGUGACCUUCUAAAGUGCCAUCUAAACCACUUGGAUAUUAAAUAAGAAUAUACACAUCGAUUCAGUAUUUUUGAGUAUUAAUUUAUAUAAGCAUUCUCUUUAAAAUGAAUGUUGGACAAAUUAUGGCUCUAUCGAUAGACCCUGGAUAUACUGGAUUGACCAAUUAUACAUUCACUAUGACUCCUGUUGGUAGGAAAGGGACUUGGGGUGAGAGCAGGGGUGGCUCAAUGAGCAACUGAAGUGGGGCUUCUGGCUCCCUGCUGUAUUCUCAUUGUUCUGAAGGUUUGAUUGAAGGGUCAGGGAACUAGAUUUUCAUCACUCUAGUUCACUGUGAUCUGUGCAUUUAUAUUUGGCCUACGUGCUGGCCACAUCUGAACAUAGCUGGUGCUUAUGCUAAAGUUAUUUGUGAUAAGUAAACAUUUAACUUCUUUUUCUUCAUAUUUAUAAUGUUGGUCUGGCAUCCUUAGACUGCAGUUUCAAUUAGCAGGUGGACUAAUCUCUCUUCAUCAUCAGGCCCUGUAUUGUUGAUAUUUGCAACUUGUUUUAUUUUUACAUUGGUGAAAUUGAAGGAAUUAGUUUUUAAUUACGUAAAUGUCUGUUUGCUAUUUAGUGGAAGGUUGAUGUUUGUAUUUAAGCAGUUAUAUUUGUAUGCUAGCUCAAUAUCAGAAAAAUGAAGUGUUCUAUAGCCUGUAUUUUUCAUUGAGAUGAUGGGCAUUUAUUCUACUUGCUGGGUCUUGCCAAGGUCAUGUAUUCUUCUGCAUUGCCAAAGUGUCUUCAUACCAAAUUAAGGUGGUUUUAAAAUAUGCUUCAUGGCAGUUUGUAAAGGUCAAAUGGGAAAAUUCUUGUUUAUUAAAGUGAUUUAAAUAUUAAAAUUUACAAAAGCUUAAUGGCUAUUUAGGAAGAAAUACAUUAUAAUUUAAGUAAAGAAUAAAAAUAAAUGUGUUUCGUGGUGGCAAAUGUUUGGCAGAACUAUAAUUAGUAAAAUACAACUAUGAUGGAAAGCAAGUACUUUUACAUGAUUAUUUUCAAAUCGCUUUUUAUUAAGCAUCUACCCUGUUUGCCACUACCUCUCAUAAUUCCCUUAAAAAAAUCGGCUGUGGUUACUAAGAUCUUAACAUAUGUCAAUCCUUGAAAUGAGACUUCUUUUAAAUACUAAAGAAGUCAUUGAGUUCUAUUCAUUAGAAUUGUAUAUUCUAGUGAGGAAAAAAUUCAGCCAUUCCAAGGGCAGAUUCAGUGGAAUAAAUUCUAACUUUACAGCUCCAUAUCAGGGAACAUUUUAUAUGGUCUUUUUGUGUAGUUAAAAAGAAGACAAUAUUUGUAUGUUUGUUUUUUCAAGAACCAAAUGAGCUAUUAGCUACAGAUUCCAUUGACCUUAAAUGUAAAAUAUGAUUAAAUGUGUAUACAUGAUACAGUGCAUAUACAAGAACCACCUUUAAUUAUUGAAAUAAAUAACCAGUAUUCCCUUUGGAAAUCCUUUUUUAAAAUUUGUUAUUGAAGUACCAUAUUUUUGUGUGUCAAUGUAUUUUUCUAUUUACAAGCCUAUGUAAAAGUGAAGUGUAUCUUCAAUGAACUGUAUACCAAUUAAGCUUAUAAUAAAAUAGUGGUGUAGUCUGUCAA